GACCCUACAUUCCCCCCAGAAACAACCUCUCUCAGACUCCAUCUCCCCCUCCAUCACUUCUCCUCUUCCUGAAGAGUGUGUGAGGUUUUAUCUUCUUUUUUUGUGUGCCCCCGUUGCCCCGGGACUGGUGGUUUUCUGGGAUCCAGAGCCAUGGAGCUGUCGGAUAUCUCGUUCCCGAUCCCCGCCGCGGACGACUUCUACGACGACCCGUGCUUCAACACGAGCGACAUGCGCUUCUUCGAGGACCUGGACCCGCGGCUGGUCCACGCGGGCCUCCUGAAGCCGGACGACUCCUCCUCCCCCUGCUGCUCCCCGUCGCCCUCCCCUUCCUCGUCCCCCACCUUCUCCGCCUCCUCCCCGGAGGAGCACGUCCGCGCGCCCAGCGGCCACCACCAGGCGGGCCGCUGCCUGCUCUGGGCCUGCAAGGCCUGCAAGCGCAAGACCACCAACGCGGACCGGCGCAAGGCGGCCACGAUGCGCGAGCGCCGCCGGCUCGGCAAGGUCAACGACGCCUUCGAGACGCUGAAGCGCUGCACGUCUGCGAACCCGAACCAGCGGCUGCCCAAGGUGGAGAUCCUGCGCAACGCCAUCAGCUACAUCGAGUCGCUGCAGGCGCUGCUGCGCGGCGGGCAGGACGACGGCUUCUACCCGCCGCUGGAGCACUACAGCGGGGACUCGGACGCCUCCAGCCCGCGCUCCAACUGCUCCGAAGGCAUGACGGACUUCUCCGGUCCAACCUGCCACUCAAAGAGAAGAGGAAGUUACGACAGCUCUUACUUCUCAGAAACUCCAAAUGGUGAGAAACCCAAGUGGACUUUAAGAUUGACAUUAUUAAUCCAUAAUAUGGAUAUUACUUUAGAGGAUGUGGCCGGUCAGCCGGGUCUACUGGAGCAACAGGAGGGGCACUUGAUGCUGCUUCUUCAGUGCUGGGUGGUGCUGCUGAGGUGGAGGCAACAGGAGGGGCACUUGAUGCUGCUUCUUCAGUGCUGGGUGGUGCUGCUGAGGUGGAGGCAACAGGAGGGGCACUUGAUGCUGCUUCUUCAGUGCUGGGUGGUGCUGCUGAGGUGA